AUGGAGAUUUGCAGGUGGGCAGAACCAGAUAGAACCAGAUCCAGAGUCUUCGAGUCUGGUGCCAUUCUGAUGUUCCUUGCUGACAAGUAUGGUGGCUUGGACACACCCGAGAAGCGUGCGGAGGCGAACAAGUGGAUCGUUUGGGCUAACGCAACGUUGGAUCCAAUUUGCUUCAAGGAGGACGGCAAUGGCAGGGUCCUCGACACAGGCUUACGCGGUGAUCCACCAGCCCUGCAAAUUUUAGAUGGUCUGUUGGAGGCCAAUGAGUUCCUCCUUGGAUCUGGAGAGGAAUCCUUCUCGGUGGCAGAUGUGGCAGUCGGUUCAUACCUUCUUUACGUGCCGCUCUUCUUCCCUGACAUCAGCGUGGCGAAAUGGCCACAUAUUCAGCGCUACAUGCUGCAGCUGCUCGAGCGUCCAGCAUAUCAACGCGCUUUUGGAGCGGGGACUGCGGAACAGCUGCAGACCAUUGUGGGAAAGAAGGGGGACUCCAAGAUGUUUGGCCUCUUCUGA